ACUGUUAUCUUCUUUUAGUGAUCAUCAUCAUCAACAUCCUCAUUCUCAUGGCUUCUUCCAAUUCUCUGCUUGUUUUCACAGCUCUUUUAGGAAUCAUUCUCAUUCUCUCUUUGGAAGUGGUUUCAGCUCGCGAGCUGCUUCAGCAAACUGAGGAAAAAGUGGUUGAAGCAGGAUAUGAGGAGAAAAAGGCAUCGGCAUUUGUUCCAUUCCCAGCUAUCAGCUAUGGCUAUCGUUACCAACCAAUACCAUCAAAUGGCUACUACAAAGGUUUUCAACCAAUGGAAAAUGUGGAGAAAGCUGGAUAUGAAGGGCAAAAGGCAUCAGUACCAGUUGGGUUCCCAGGUGGCUAUCGUUACGUAUCAAUACCAGCAUAUGGCCCAUAUGGCCCAAAUAAUGGUGUUCAACCAGAAGGCAAUUAUCCUGGUGUCAUAUACUCGAGCAGCUUCUAUAAUAGCUAUCCUUAUGUUAUAGGCUAUGGUGCUCAACCUUGAGUAUUGCAAACAAAAUAUGAAAAUUAAGUUACUAUAUAUAUAGAUGUGUGUGGAUGCAAUCCUUAUAAAGAUGGCUCAUAAACGUGGAAAAUAUAUGUAAUAAUUAAGAUGGCUUCCUUAUAUAGCUAUCUCUUUGUAUGACCAACAAGUUAAAAAUGGAUAAUAUUAUGGAAAAUAUAUGUAAUAAUAAAGAUUGCAUAAUUAUAUGCCUGUC